GACCCAUUCUGCAUGCUACGUCUGUUGAGCAGCAACCAUGGAUCUCGCAAAACUUUUUUCAACACUCUCGUUGGCCGGUGAGGAUAUUCCUCCUCGCUCUACGACGCGCCCUGCGGGCAAACCAAAAUUCGUAAAGUUUCUCCCUGGAGAUAAUGGAGAAGGCAUGCCAGAAACUUUUUUUGAGGAUCCUCGCACAUUCAACCCAAAACCGGGUCCCCAUGGGCAGAUUCAGACCUGGGGUAUAUUUCCGGUAUGUGCAUUACCUACCAAUCCUUCCGAAUCAGUUACAUUGACAUUUGAUGGAAUCCAAAUGAUGUAUAGAACAGUAAGUUUAUGGCACACCAAUUCUCAGUACGACAACCGCGGUGGAAAACCCUGGCCUGAAAAGCAAUUCAUGGAUGUUCUUAAGGAUCGUAAGCGCGAGCAGCUCAGCAAACUUGAUCUCGCGGGCCUUGACAAGAAGGAUAUUGUAAUCAAGAUACGCUUGAAGGUACGAAACCUCCACUGCUACACCUUCACGGAUCUCAGAGACGGCGCCGUGUUUGGUCCCGAGGUUGGAUAUGAUUACCUUCCGGAUGACAAGUAUAUGCUCGCCCAUUUGUUUUCGGAAGUGGGUGAUACAUUUGGGCACUUGUAUGACUAUGGGGACAAGUGGUACCACGAGAUCGAGAUUGAGAAAAUUUUCCUCCUCGAGGAGUCGUAUGGACGUGUCCAGAUACUCGAUGGCAAGGGCAUGUGCCCAGGUGAAAAUAUGAGAGGGUCGUACCGAUACCAAGACUUUCUCAAGGCCUACGACACUGAUUCGUACACCGAGCAGGUCAAGAAAAGACGCGAAAUUCUUGAUUGUCCAAAUUACAAAGGCUUCGGCAAACCCCCUUCCCUGUUCGACAUCGACGCCUUUGACAUCGACCAAGCUAACGAGCGACUCGUCGCGGCACUUAGUUCGCCCAACUCAGUCAGGGCAGGCAUGAAGGCAUUUACCAUGCCCAUCAACCCUAGUGCGCAGGACUCCAGGAUAGGCAAACUCAAGAAAGGCCAGAGCAUUCAGCGCGAAUGGGACUACGAGAGUCACGGAUAUUGGCAGGAGACAACGUCCAGCACGAAGGAUAAAAGGAGCCAGUCGGCUUGCGCUGCUUGUGGAAAGCCUGGUGGCCAGGAUCUUAAGACGUGUAGUGGUUGCAGGGCCAUUUUGUAUUGUUCUGCCGAGCACCAGAAGGUACACUGGAAAGAUGUACACAAGAAGCAGUGCUCGCGCAAGUACCUCGAAAAAUGA